UACAUGGGAACAGGAAAUCAUUCAGGAGCAUCUCAGUUCCUCCUCCGGGGCCUCUCAGACGACCCUGCCCUGCAGCCCCUCCUCUUUGGGCUGUUCCUAUCCAUGUACCUGGUCACUGUGCUUGGGAACCUGCUCAUCAUCCUGGCCGUCAGCUCUGACCCCCACCUGCACACCCCCAUGUACUUUUUUCUUUCCAACUUGUCCUUUGUUGACAUCUGUGUCAUCUCCACGACUGUCCCCAAGAUGCUGGUGAACGUUGAGGCACAGAGCAAAGGCAUCUCCUACACAGGAUGCCUCACUCAGGUGUAUUUUGUAAUGGUUUUUAUUGGACUGGACCAUUUCCUCCUGACCCUGAUGGCCUAUGACCGGUUUGUGGCCAUCUGUCACCCCCUGCACUACAUGGUCAUCAUGAACCCCCGCGCCUGUGUCCUUCUGGUUUUGAUGUGCUGGUGCAUCAUUUUCUGGGUUGCCCUGGUUCAUGUUCUUCUGAUUAUGCAGAUGAAAUUCUCUACAGUCACUGAAAUCCCACAUUUCUUCUGUGAGUUGACUAAGAUUCUGAAAGUAACCUGCUCCGACACCCUCAUCAUUAACAUCUACUUGUAUGUGACUUCUGCCCUGUUGGGUUUGUUUCCUAUUAGUGGAAUCCUCUACUCUUACUCUCAAAUCAUCUCCUCCUUAAUGAAGAUGUCGUCCUCUACCAGCAAGUAUAAAGCCUUCUCCACCUGCGGGUCUCACCUCUGUGUGGUCUCCCUGUUCUACGGGACAGGCCUGGGGGUCUACCUCAGCUCUGCUGUGACCCGUUCUUCAGAGAAAAGCUCAGUUGCUUCAGUGAUGUACACGGUGGUCACCCCCAUGCUGAACCCCUUCAUCUACAGCAUGAGGAACAAGGAUGUGAAGGGGGCCCUCAGAAAGCUGGUCAACAGAGGAGUCUCUUGUCCACUGUGGGUCUCUGGGCUCAGUAGUUUGUGA